AUGGCCUCAGACCAGGGUCCUGUCGUGACAGAAGCUUCGCUUCAGCCGUCGCAACCACCACCCGCGACGGCGACGGCGCCGGCUCCUCAAUCAUCAAUCACCGAUGUGCCUGAGCCCGGUGCGAAUGCCAAUCCGCUCAAGCGAUCUCGAGAUGACACGCUACCCUCUCCCACGCCAGCUGUGGAGGAGCCUUCGUACAAGACGGCUCGAUUUACGCUGCGAUCGACGUCGCCAAUCCAACUAACUGCGGCAGCGGCCGCCUUCGAGGCUGAGCGCCGUCGUAGAGAAGAAGACCUAGGGCAUGACCAGACCAGUGCCAUCGAUCCUUCCGUUCACUCCGCCAUUGAAAAGUUGGUACAGAACGUGGGAAUCUUGAGGCAAGGCGCUACUCAGCCUUCUGUACCUGCGGCACCGACAGCAGUGAUGGACCCGACGGCAAAACUAGAUACAGAACCCAUCACCGUGUUAGAACAGCCUCCGGCAGCCUCCGAACUCCCUACGUCGACCUUGAAUUCUACCUCGCUGGCCGCCGCCGCCGCCAGUAUCCUCGACGCGACCCAGGCUGGCGAAACAAGCAUUGCCGACGCCCAAGUCACUGAAAGUCCAACGCCGAUGGACAUAGACCCGAAACUCGAGGAGGCUCACGUAGCCCAACAAGAAAAUAGGGCGCCUCCUACCUCACUAUCGUACCCCGGACCCCAGCCUACACCGACCCCUAUGCCGGCAUCGCUCUCCAGAACUUUGAGCUACCCUCUAACGACCGCAUCCGACCAAGGCUCCCCGACCUCUCCAGAGACGGGAACGAAGAGACACAAAUGCCCGUUCUGUGACACUGUGUUUACUAGGCACCACAAUCUCAAGAGCCAUUUGUUGACUCACAGCCAAGAAAAGCCGUACGAAUGCGAGAAGUGCAAGAUGCGGUUCCGGCGACUCCACGACCUAAAGCGGCACUCCAAACUCCAUACGGGCGAGAAGCCACAUGUCUGCCCCAAGUGUGACAGGAAGUUUGCCAGAGGCGACGCUCUGGCGCGACACAGCAAAGGCGUGGGAGGAUGCGCUGGACGGCGGUCGAGUAUGGGGAGCUUUGCCGAGGAUGACAUGGCCAACUCGAGCCUAGUGGACGGUGAUGUGUCGCAGCUUAGUGUUUACACAAGAUACGCAACCGAGGCGGCUGCGAUCGAAGAAGCUAGAAGACGACAGAGCCUCCCGGUCCCCAAGGCGCCACAAGCUACUGUUGCGGCCCACACGAGCCCCGAGGCUGCUAUUAUGCAUCUACGCGAUUAUCAGCCAGGCCCGCAACGCGCUAGCAGUGGUCUCUUUGCUCCAGCGUCUGAACGCAAUAGUUCUCCGCAGCCGCUGCAGCAACCACCACCGCAGUCUUACGUCCAGCACGAAUCCGACCGCCGCACACCGCCGAUUGCGACGACUUCCACGGGCGCGAUUGCGAAAGCCAACAGCACCCCCGAUGGCAGGUAUGUUACGAGUCAGAACGGGCCAGGGACGCCGCAGUCGGGAUCAGCCCGCGCAAGUAACGGAACGCAAGCUAUCGAAAAUGCCAACAUGUUUGCCGGGGAUGUGUAUGGCCUCUGGACCUACAUCCAGAGUCUGGAGGAGAGAAUUUCUCAGAUGGAGAAGACGGAUCACGAGAAGCAGGUACAGAUCACAACACUCACCAACGAUGUUGCUGAGCUCCGAAGAGAACUAGAGGCGAGGCAUACGGCGGAUCCUGUUGUGGAGAAGCAACAAAUAGGAGCAGCAGGCGCCGACGCGAGAUCCAUUCCCAUCUAA